ACAUACGCAUCCACAAACAAAUCUAGGGAGAGAAUGAAGUGAGAGAGAGAAAAAUGAAGUGAGAGAGAGAGAGAGAUAGAAAAGAUGAAGUCAAUGACUGAUGGUGCUAGUGAUGAUAAUGCAAGUAUAAGCAACUGGCUGGGUGUUUCUCUGUCACCUCCAUUGAAAAUGGAGGCUUCUGCCUCUUCAACAAUGGCACCAAACACUAGCAGUUUCUAUCUUUCUCCUUACUCUUGUUAUGGUGUUGCUGAAAACGGCACUACUUUUUUCUCUCCUCUGACUGUUAUGCCCCUCAAAUCUGAUGGCUCUCUUUGCAUCUUGGAAGCUCUUGCUUCUUCACAUCCACAAGGGGUGAUGCCAAAUUCUUCUUCACCUAAACUGGAAGACUUUCUAGGGGUUUCUCAUGACUAUGGAAGCCAUGAGAGAGAAACCAUGGCUCUAAGCUUAGACAGCUUGUACCCUGAAUCCAGAUGGUUGUACCCUGAGGGAAUACCUUCUAACAUUUAUCAAAUCCAUGAAGAAGAAUCAACUGUUGCUAAACACAACUGGGUAGUUUCUCCACCACCACAGUACCCAUCACAAAGCCCUUACACUUCACUUGGCAGCCACCACAACCAAAUCAGCAGCACCACAACCACCCACAUGAUAAAUAAUGGUGGUGGUGGUGAUGUACAAUCCCUGAGUUUGUCCAUGAGCCCUGGUUCUCAGUCAAGCUGUGUAACUGGAAGAACAGAUCAGUGUUUAACAGUGGAAACAAAGAAGAGAGACUCUAGUAGGGUAACUCAAAAGCAGCCGGUGCACAGAAAAUCACUAGACACGUUUGGUCAAAGAACCUCGCAGUUUAGAGGGGUAACGAGGCAUAGGUGGACAGGAAGAUAUGAAGCACAUUUAUGGGAUAAUAGUUGCAAGAAAGAAGGCCAAACCAGAAAAGGAAGACAAGUGUAUCUGGGGGGUUAUGAUAUGGAAGAAAAGGCAGCUCGAGCUUACGACUUAGCUGCACUUAAGUACUGGGGUUCGUCGACUCAUAUCAACUUCCCACUCGAGAUCUACCAUCAGGAGCUUGACGAGAUGAAGAGUAUGAGUCGCCAAGAAUUUGUAGCCCACUUACGAAGGAAGAGCAGUGGAUUUUCUCGAGGUGCUUCGAUUUAUAGAGGUGUUACAAGGCAUCAUCAACAUGGAAGAUGGCAAGCCCGGAUUGGCCGUGUAGCCGGAAACAAGGACCUUUAUCUUGGUACCUUCAGCACUCAGGAGGAGGCCGCUGAGGCUUAUGAUGUUGCAGCGAUCAAGUUUCGGGGUGUGAAUGCUGUCACAAACUUUGACGUUUCUCGGUAUGAUGUUGAGAGAAUCAUUGCUAGCACCACUUUACUUGCCGGAGAACUAGCAAGGCGAAACAAAAGCACCGUCGUUACCACCACCACCACCACAUCAUUGAUGGAGGCUGGUUAUGCUCAGCUAGAGAACAUUGAUCAUCAACAAAGAACAACUUUGGAAGAACUUAAUGAAAAAUUAAAGAAUCCCAACAAUCAACAGCAGCUGAUUAGCAAUGAAUUAUCCGGCGAGAAAAUCGGUGGUCAGUAUUCGAACCCUUCUUCAUUGAUAACUAGCUUGAGCUGCUCCAGAGAAGAAAGCCCAGAUGGAAUAAGUGCUUCCAUGGCUGCUACUGGAAAUGUAAAUUCAUGGGUGUCUUCAGGACACUUCCCAGUCUUUGCUGCAUGGAGUGAUGCUUGAAUCAGAAACAUCAAUUAAUUUGUCUAAACUCUUGUUGGCACGCAUGGACUAGAAAGGAUCAAGAACUUGUAGUAGUUAGGUUAAUUAAUUAAGUCUUUUAAUUACUUUUUUGGUGAUUAAUUAAUCAAGUUAAU